GAUUUCCAGUGAAAAUGAAGGGUUGGAUUUAAAGAAGUCAAUAAUUCUCAGAAUUAAGACGAACCCAAUUGAAAUCAGCCAAGAAGAAUUAAACCCACUUGGAAAGAAACAAACUUGUCGAGGCAAAACAAUAAAACUCUUAACCCUUCUUCGAGAGAGCAACCGAUAGUUCUGAUGAUAGCAGCCGUGAGAUAUGAACGGGUGAUGAUGGACAUCUGCUUGUACCAUUCUUCCACGGCUUGAGCCAUAAUCAAGAUUGUUUAUUAUCACAACAAUCGAUGCGAUUUCUUCUUCUUCUUAGGGUUGCAGAAGGCGAAUAUACCGGUCACCGGGGGUCUUGAAUUUUGGAAGGCCGGUUUAGAGUCUCAUCGGACGAGGAACCAUAUGAAAGUGAAAGCGAGUCUUAUAUGAAAAUGAACACCUUCCCUCCAUUUCCUUCAGCAUAUCUACGCAUCUAAGAUAUGCCAUUGAGACAAUACAUCAAACACCUUCCCUACAUUUCCUACCCCAAAUCCCUUCCUUCCCCUCGCUCUCUCUCCUCCCUUUGUACUCCACGCAGACCACAACUACAACAAACCCAAGACCCGUACACCCUCCUCAAAGAAGACCCAAUCGAUAUAUGCUCGUCAAUCUGGGUCAAGUCCUUCGCUUCUCCACCAGCAGCCACCUUCCCCAACCUCACCGGCUUCCUUUCGAAGCUUGACCUUUGGGUGCUCGCCUACCAGCGAUGCUGCGCCCACUUCACCUCCACUUUCCCUUCCCGCAGCUCCGUACACUCCAGCACCCUCGUCUCCCUCCUCACCCUCCGUGAUGCCAUUCUGAAGAAUCGUUUCAAGUGGAAUGACCGUGCUCACCUGCUCGUCCGAAGCCCGAAUGACACGGCUCUCACAAGGAUUAUCUCCAAGCGCAGGCUUGAGGCAAUGCUCCAAUCCGAUGAGCAAUUGUUUCAGGACCGUGUUGUUCAGGAGGUACUCUUGAUGGUGCUAGAGCCUGUCUUUGAAGCACGGUUUUCAAAGAAAUCACACGCAUUCAGGCCUGGGAGGAAUCCACAUACGGUGAUUAGGAAUAUAAGGAGUAAUUUUGCGGGGUAUCUAUGGUUCCUAAGAGGUGAUUUGAGCGAGAUUCUUGACAAUGUGGAUGCCGAAGUAGUUAUGGAUUGUGUAGAAAAGGUUGUUAAAGAUAAGAAAGUGUUAAGCUUGAUAAAUUCGGGGCUUACAGUGCCCCGUAAGAAUCGAUUGGGAAGGGAUAAAGAAGAAGAGGCUGAUGGAAAAAAGAAGAAAAGGAAGGGCUCUAAGAAGAAGAAGAUUUUGAAUGAGAAUGAACCGAAACCUGACCCUUAUUGGUUGAGGAGCUUCUUUAAUUUCGCUCCUGAGGAGGCUGCAAUGGUACCCAACUAUGGUUAUUGUGGGAUAUUGAGUCCGUUAUUAGCUAAUGUGUGUCUUAAUGAAUUGGAUCAAAUGAUGGAGGGGAAGAUAGUUGAGUUCUUUAGGCCUAAUAAGAACGAUUCAAUAUGGAAAGAUUCCAUUGAUGAUGGAUGUCAUAACCCUUCUUGGCCUGAGUUUGUUCCAUCAAGUGGGAGAGAGAAGACACGAAAAAUGGAUUACAUUCGUUAUGGUGGUCAUUUCUUGAUUGGUAUUCGAGGGCCAAGGGAGGAUGCAGUGGCAGUACGUAGGGAAAUAAUUCAGUUUUGUGAGAGUAAAUAUGGGAUAAGGUUGGAUAACUCCAAAGUAGAGAUUGAACACAUAAGUAGGGGGAUUCAGUUCCUGGAUCAUAUAAUUUGCCGCAGGGUGAUACAUCCUACUCUUCGCUACACAUCAAGUGGAGGUUCCAUUGUGAGUGAAAAGGGUGUGGGAACUUUGCUUUCUGUCACCGCUUGCUUGCAGCAAUGUAUCCGCCAGUUCCGGCGGCUUGAGCUUGUUAAAGGUGACAAGGACCCUGAGCCUUUGCCUUGUAAUCCAAUGCUUUACUCAAGUCAAGCUCAUACAAAUUCCCAAAUGAAUAAGUUUCUUGAGACUAUGGCUGAUUGGUAUAGAUAUGCUGAUAAUCGCAAGAAAGUUGUUGGGUUUUGUGCUUAUGUGAUUCGUAGCUCUCUGGCCAAACUGUAUGCGGCAAGAUAUAGAUUAAAAUCUCGUGCUAAGGUUUAUAGCAUUGCUUCGCGUAAUCUUAGCCAUCCUCUGAGAGAGAGUAGCAACAACUCUGCUCCAGAGUAUUCUGAUCUCUUGAGGAUGGGGCUGGUUGAUGCAAUUGAAGGAGUUCAAUUCUCACAUAUGUCUUUGAUUCCAUCAUGUGAUUACACUCCCUUAUCUCGGAACUGGGUUCCAUAUCAUGAACUGGUGUUGCGGGAGUAUAUUAGAUUGCAAGAUCCAAAAUUCUUUUGUACCUUAAAUAGAUCAAUAAAACAGCAAGGUCCGAGUACUCCUCAAGAUGAGAUAUCUGAGAUUUUAUGGAACUGUAAGACACUUGGCAUUCGGAGCUACCUGUCGAACUUUCAUAAGGAAACAAAUGACCCUUCAGCAGAAAUGAAGGUGACACUGUAAAGUAUGAUGUGGAAUCAACCAAGUGAUUUGAUACUUCGAGUGGAACUCUGUAGAUGUUUAAAAUUGGUGCAAAUGUUACUUCUCUGUAUUUGAUAUUUGAUGACAUAUAUUUGAAGUGAUGGUUGGGAUCGCAUACAUGUAUUUGUUAUCUAGAAAGCUGCAGCUUGUUGAGAUCCUACCUUCAGCCUUGUCCUUUACAUUCUGCGCAAGUUGCCUCCAAAGAGAAUUUCAUCUAUUUGAUGUUUAAAACAAAUGAUUUGGUUAUGAAAGUUUAGGUGCCAUUGAAGGUGUUGAAGACAAGGAGAAACUUAAAACGUAUUCGGAUGUCUUAUUCUAGUCUAGCUCUGUGCUGGUAAUUUUUACCAGUUGCAUGUUGUGAAGCUGAUUUCAUCUUGUUGAAGAGGAGAUGAUUAAAUUGAUUUCUUCAUGAUUCUUGUGCUUUAAAGAUCUGUCUUGUUGUAGAGGAGAUAAUUAAAUUGAUCUCUUCAUGGAUCUUGCGAUUUAAAGAAUCUGUUCGCAGAUGGGACGUAUGCAGGUUGUUUGAUGAAGUCCUUGGUAGAAGGAAAUUUUUGUGUUUGUCAUUUAGGAAAUUGACACUGGUUGAUACUGAAAUGUAUUUUGGAUGCGUUUUAGUCC